GUCUUCUCACAGCACUCUCCCGCUUUCACCUUUCUGUAGCUGAUAGUAUGUCAAGUGCCGCGCGCGUAGCUGGUUUUGAAGAUAAGAUGUGAGAUAACCAGUCAGCGGUGAGUCGGCAUGGCGUCGAGCGUUCCACGAGCAGAUCAGAUUCCAUCAGGCGGCAUCCAACCCGAGCCCGCUCCUGUACAUAGCAGCAGUACGACGGCGAUUUAUUCGCAAGGCAGGCACGCGACGCUGUAUCCCCGGCUUUUAGCUCGAGAACCGGUACUAGUGACCGGGUAUGCGUCUCCUAUCUCGGGCUCGUUUACUCUCGGCAAUAGAGUCAGGCGGCUGUCUACCAGUCAGACCCCUCUCAACUGGACAGCUGGUAUCGCGCCGCUUAUAAGAACCGGUUUAGGCUUACAGAUGCCGCGUCAGCAAUCAAUAGGAAGGCUAGAGGCUACAAGGCCAAGAGUGCUGACAUGUAAAGGUCACUCCGGACUAGAUUCAGCUGCUGCUUGUAGCCGAUCCGAAUCUGCCUUUCGCGGAUCCGCCAGUUCUGAAACACCUGCUCACGGCACGGUGUUUCAUAGUUCUUUCAGUCUGCGUGAUUCGCUUCUCAGACGGACGGCUUUUCAACAGAAAAAUCUUUGCGAUAUCAGAGGCACAAGCAUCAGGGGAUCCAGGAACUUCAGCAGGAGCAUCAGCAGCAACAGCGGCAGUGGUGUCAACUCCAGUAUAGGGAGGAGCGGUAGCGGAAGCAGCAGUAGCUGGUCGGUAUCCGACAACUUAAAGAUCUCUAAACGACGGCCUGGAUCUUAUUCCAUGCUGCUGACGGCAGCAGCUGCUACAGUGAUUCUAGCGUCUGCGCUUUCAGGACACCCAGAGCAGGGACACUUUCCUGGCUCUUCCUCCGUUCCUGAACAUUCGUCAGAGAAAGGGCUGUCGCUUCCUGUCCCCGAUUCAGUCAGAUCCGUUACCACUAGGGCAAUUCACUCUGCCAAGAAUUUCAGAGACCAUGUGGUGCGUAACGCCUCUCAAUCAGCUUCUGCAGCUGCCGAAGCUGCUGCACAGGCUCGGGACGUUGCCGUGGCAACUGCAGCUCUGGCUCGGUGCCUAGCUGCCAUCCUCUCCUCCGACUCGCUUCCAGACCUAAAUGUGUGGGAGCUGCGUGAUUAUAACGAAUGGCGGAAUUCACAUGAUCUGAGGCGAUACAGACCAGCUCCCCUGCCUUCUCCCCUCCCACCUUCUCCUGACAGUACUCCCUGGGUUGCCCGCGUGGCAAGGACGAUUGCUGACCUGGCAGCGGCAGGUGGGAGUUCCAGCAGGGCAGCAAUUGCUGACGCAAGCAGAGGGAAGGUGCUUGAUUGGCUGCUAGAAGAGCUCGUGAACAGUGAUCCUCGAGUGAGGAGGGAAGCAGCACGGGCAGUCGCCAGCCUGUUGAGAGAUGUUGACGUGGCACCGAGGGUGCUGAAUAGAGAUGGCAGCAUCCGGCAGAUUCUGACGUGGAUAGCACAGCUGGAUUCGGCUGCAAAUGUGGAGGCAGGGAGAAGCGCAAAUGUUAGCCCUGGUGCUGCAGGUGCGGAGCGUGCAGGUGACCACUCAGGUGCUGGCACCAGUGCGUCAGGUGGUGAUGAUAGCUUAUCACCCCCUGCGCUUAAGGCGUCCUCUCUCCGCUUGUCAAGUGCUCGCCUGCGCCACCAUCCCCUCGUGGACGCGCUUAUGGACCUCCUUACCGAACCUUCCCCGCUGAAACAAGAUUCGAUACAGUCACGCCACCCAGCUUCACUGCUCAGGCCCGUCAUUCGACCGCUAGGGGGGCCGGACCUGGCUGAACGGGCAGCUGACGUGGAUGUGAGGGCUGCCCUGGAUGUUCUUAUAUGGGGAGAGCCUGUAGAGAGGGAGGAGAGCAGCACGUGGUGGUCACGGAGAGGGGGAAGGGGAAGGGAAGGGGGGAAAGGGAGAGGAGGAAGCGGAGGGGGGGAGGGAGGAGGGGGAAGCGAGGCGGGGGGAUCAGGGGCGAUGGGGAUUGGUCUUGGGGGUCAUGGUGGCACGACUGUAUGGGGAGUCGUGAUGGACGCGGCCAAUGAGACCUUGCCACGUGUCUGUGCUCCAGAGGCUGGUGCGCUUUUGUACCGGAACAGGAGCGUCGCUAGCGAAGACUUCUCUAAUGGGAGGACCAGCAGGAAUUCGUUUGACCAGGCCAGACUUCCAGGAAGCGGGCAGGAGAAAGAAACAUUUUCUGAUCUUUCAACUCCUGGGCUGUGGGACGAUCUGCCAGGGCAGUCAGUAGCUGCCUUGCUGGCAGCGUGGGCAGUCGACAAGUGGACUACCACGUCAGCAUCCAAUUGCCAGCUCAUCGCCAGGAUGGACGGCGAGGGAGACGCUCUGGCGGUUGGUGCGGUGGCGCCUGAGAAAAUGGUGAGGUUCCACGUGGCACGUGCUAUUGGGAGGGUUGCACAGGAGCAGGAGAUGUGCUUAUAUCGAAGGGAAGGUGGUGAAGGGAAGGGGGGUGAGAAGGAUGAUGGUUUGUUUACCAGAGCGGGUGUGCACCUUGGGAGGUGGAGGGAUGCUGCAGUUGAGGGUGCCCAGAAAGCAGCGGGCGCAGUGAGGAAGGCAGAGGAGAAGCCAGUAGGUGAAGGAAGGAUGGUUGAAAAAGGGAGGACAAAGGUGGAUGGAAGGGAAGCUGGGGCGUUGAAGGUGCAGCAAGCAGGGAUAGGAGGAACAGGAGCAGCUGCAGCAGCAGCAACAGCUGCAGCAGCAGCUAAGUCGAGCAUCUUUCUCACGCCAACAGCGAUACGCAGUUGGUCGCUCUCGCUGCUGAAAUCAGCGCUGCCCCCCGCGUCCGCCUUCCAGCAAGGGAACAGUGACGUCACUGUUGCCGUCCUGCAUGCAGUGCGUACGCUGUCUGACAUCAGCGAUGAUGUAGCUCGCAUCAGCAGUGACGCCAUCAGCAGCACAGACUUAGCUGAGCCUUCCCUGCGAGAGGAAGUCGCUUUGGAGGCAUUGCCCCAGCUAAGGCGUAUUCUCGCGGCUUCCACUCGUGCUGCUGCUGCUGCUGGCCCUGGCUCUGGUUCUGGUUUUGGUGCUGCUCCCUCUGCUGCUUUCACCAAAAGGCGUGACUCUAAUGCGCCGUCUGCACGUGCUGUUUCUUCAGCGGCUGUGGCAGCUGGGAAGGGCAGAGAGGGACUCAGUGGUGAGGGAGUGAGUGUGGAGGAGCGUGAGGCGGCAGAGGAGGAGGAGAUGGUGAAUCUGGCUGUAGCGCAGGCUGUAGCAUCGCUUGUGCUGGGGCGGCAAGCUUAUGAGGCAGCAGCAGUGGGCCGGCUCAUAGGGGCAGCAGGUGGAGGAGCAGCAGCAGGAAGACCCCCAGCCCCAGUAAACGCAGGAGCGCCAGCGCCAGCAGCAGCAGCAGAAGCAGCAGCAGUGGCAGCAUCGCCCUCUUCAGCAUCAUCAUCGCGAUCAUCCCUCUCACUAGACGAGCUGAGAGCGUGGGGACCCGUGCUGGUGAAGUGGGCGUGCGGGGUGAUGCGUGGCGGCGGUGAAACAAACGAAGGAACAGGAGGAGGGGCAACAGGAGCAGCAGUAAAAUUAGGGAAAGCAGGAGGAGCAGCAGAAGGGACAGCUACAGCACGUGCAGCAGCAGGGUUGCUGGCCGGCAGGAGGCAGCCUGCAAGGAGCUUCUUGGAGUCUGAUCUGGUGCAACCUGCUGCUGUGGCUGCCACUGCUGCAGCUGGCCAGGCUGUUCUCGUGGAGGUGCUAUCUGCGGCCGUUCGUGCAGCAGAUGCUCCCUCUGAUUCCGCUGUUGCUGCUGUGGAUGCGCGUAGGGGCGAGGUGACAUCAGGGGAAAGGGACGAUGGAGAGGGUAGGGAGAGAGGGAGGGCGAAGGGAGGGAGGGAGAAGGGGAGCAGUAAGGGAGGAAGGGCGGGGUCGGGGAGUUUACGGGUGGGGAGAGGGGUUGGGGUGGAGCAGGUGGAGGGGGCAGAGAAGGCACGACAGGCAGGGGUAGUAGUGGGGGGAGAGGGAGUGGGGAGAGAGGGAGUGGGGAGAGAGGGAGUGGGGAGACAUGAGCUUGAGAAGGAAUGGACGGAUGUGGCGGUGGGCGUGGGUCUGCUGUGGCUGUCUGAGAUGGUCAUGUGCGCCGUGACGGAGGCGGAGGCCAGGAGGAACGGCGCCAAGGGGAGCAAAGCCGGAGCAGUUUCAGGGGAAGGGAGGGGUGGGGGUGCGGGCAGGAAGGGGGAGGUGGGGAAGCAGGGGGGAGGCAAGGGGGUGGAGAGUGUGGGUAUGACUGUAGCGACUAUGAAGUACCUCGAGUCGCUGUGGCGAGGAGGGAAGGGGACAGGAGCCCAGGAGAAAAGGGAGGAGCAAAAGGGCGGCGAAGAGAAAGAGGAAAUCGCACAAGCAGGCACAACAGCAGUCAGCGCAGGUUCUACUGUGGAUCAGCUGGGUGGGGGUUUUCCUGCUGGGAAAUCUUCUCAGGGCAAAGCACUCCUUGGAGAGCGACCUUUUAAAGAGCAGCUGUUCAGGGAGCAAUUCUUGAGACGAAAGGCAGCUGGAGAGCAACCGCCUGGAGCGGCAGGUGGGAGGAGUGAGGGCGAGGGCGCAGCAGAGAGGUCGUGGUGGUCGUAUGUCAACCCGUGGGGGGGAGCAGGAGGGGCAGGGGGAGGGCGACAGGCAGCAGGGGGGGGGUCAGGCCAGCCGCAGGGGAGGGGGGAAAGGGCGGUGGGAGGGCGGGCAGAGCGGGUGGGUGGGCACGUGAGUGGGCAGGGGAAUGCGGAGCUGGGUGGGGCGUUGAGUGAGAAGCACAAGGCCGUGAGGGACGAGGCCCUGCGGUCCGCCAGCUCUGCCGUGGUGCGGCUUGGAGAGGUGCUUGGGCACGAGGCGUGGGGGUGGGGGGGCGGGGAUGGUGGACGUGGGGAGGGGAAAGGGGUAGGAACGGGGGGAAGAAAGGAUGGUGGGAUGGUGAAAGGGAGGGGCGGUUUGGGGUCUGAGAAGAGGUCCAGCAGCAGAGCAGGUUCAAUGGAGAUCAACGUGGAGGAUGCAGAGUGGGGAGAGGUGGAGAGCGGUGUUGUGAGGGAAGAGGGGGGAGAGGAUUCUUUACCUGUAAGCAGUGCAGGUAAGGCCAACAAACAGGUUGCUGCUGCUGCUGCUGCUGCUGGUAGGAACAUUACUGACAAUAAAGUGAAAGUUACUGUAGACGAGAUGGUUAAAGCAGCAGAAGAGGAGCACGAGCACCUGAUGGACCUGCUGGGGCUAGAAGGAGGGCUGUAUUCUACCCGGUCAGGGCUAGUAGCUUCUAACGAGGAUAAAUCCGCAGCCAGUGAGGAGCCUCCACGUGUCAAUGUUCUGGAGGCUCUGGAUGCGGCAGCAGCAGCGGUGAAAGCGCUUGCUGAGCUGGCGAGCGAAGAUUGGGCGAUGCAGGAGCGGGUGGUGGCAGGUGGGGGCGUGGAGCUGAUGCGGCGUCUGCUGAUUGGGCAGGAGUACUGGGAGUGGGUGAGAGGGGAAGAGGAGGAGUUGAGGCGUCAGUAUGAGAAUGGGGCUGGUAGGGGUGGCCAGAAGGGUGCUGAGGUGGGGAGGAGCCAGAUUGAUGGAAGAAACUACAGCAGCAGCAGCAGCAGCAGCAGCAGCAGCAGCAAUACCAGUGGUGGUAGCGAGAGUAGCAGGAGAGAGAGUGCUGGGAGCGAGUGUGAGAAGAAGGACCUUCUGAUACGCCUGGCUGCUACUGCUGCUGCAACUGCCAUUCCAAACUCCCCACCAGGCUCCCAGCCAAACACAGAGCCAGGCAUUCGACCUGCAACAUCCCAAGCCGCCAGUGCCACGUUAGCAGCAACAACUGGCAAUACAUUAGCUGCUCCUGCGCGCACUGUAGCUGCAACUGCUGACGUGGCAGCAGAAGAGGAGCUGGAAGCGGCCAGGGUGAAACUCACAAAGCUCCGCAGGAACGCCGCCCGGCUGCUGGCCCAGCUGUCGGCUCACCCGGACUCGUGGGCGGCAAUUGCUGGCGAUCAGAUACUGAUUGGUUGGCUGGAACAGUGCACCAAAGGGGGGGGUGAAGAUGGUGGGAGGGACAGGAGAGACGACGAGUGUGAGAAAGGGAGUGGGAGGAAGAGGAGGACGGCGGAAAGUAGUGGUAGUAAUAGUGAAGCAAAAUCUCCCCAGCAGUCAGAGCACGAUCCGUUGCUGUGUGAGGUGUGUGUGAGCAAGAAGAUGCGAUCCAACGCGCGCAAGGUGCUCGCACAUGCUGCUCCUGCUGUGCAUGCCAUGUCAGGUUCUGCUGUUGAAAUUGAUGCUUCCACGCCACUGCCAACCUGGCACGAGUGUGAUGUGGCGGUGCCAGGCUGGCACGAGGCAGGGAAGCGGUUCACCCCCCGGUAUGACGACGGCAUCUUCUUCAUCCACCCCACCAACCCCUGGCUGCAAGCCAACUCCCUCCCCGAUCCCCUCUCCGAUCCCCUCGCCUCCCCCUCCUCUCCCCCCUCCUCGUCCUCUUCCCCUUCCACCCCUGCCUCUUCCUCCUCAACGCCCUCCGCGCCUGUCCUCGAUGUGGUGUUCGUGCACGGGCUGAGAGGCGGGCCCUUCAAGUCCUGGCGCAGGGGGGAGGCGGUGCCGGCUGCAGCUCCAGCACCUGGAGUAGCCAUGGCGCCUGUAGCGAAAGCACCAGCAGUGAGAACGCCUGUAGCGAGGAAGUCUGUAGCAGGGGCGCCUGUAGCGGGGGCGCCUGUAGCGGGGGCGCCUGUAGGACGGAUAGUGGGUGCGUCCAAGGAACAAGAAGCAGCAGCGAGUUCGGGCGGGGCUUUAAUGGGGAAGGGAGACGGGAGGAGUGCGACGGGCCCCGGGCAGGUGGAGGUGAACGAGGCAGGCGUAGAGCCUUCAAUGGCGGGCCAAGGGGGGAGCGUAGGACACACACCCAUCCAAGGCGUAGGAGACGUGGCACCGUUAUUGGUGGGGGAAGGGAGGAGCGUGGAGCCGACGAAGCUGCUGGAGGCGACAUUGAGGGAGGAGGAGGAGGGCGGCAAGAAGGGGUCGUGCUGGCCGUGUGACUGGCUGGCCAGGGACCUCUCGGGAGCCCGCAUCCUCACCACCAAGUACAGGACGAAUCUCUCUGAGUGGGCAGGAGCGACCCUUCCUUUGGAGGACAUCAGCAUUAUUCUGCUGCACAAGCUGGUGGCAGCAGGGGUGGGCGAGCGGCCGGUGGUGUUUGUGACGCACAGCAUGGGAGGGCUCAUAGUCAAGCAGAUUCUAGCUCUCGCCCACACCAGCGACCUGCCGGAGAUCCGGGCCAUCGCUGACAGCACAGCGGGCAUUGUCUUCUACUCCGUGCCACACUUCGGCAGCCGCAUCGCGGACUAUUCCUGGAGAGCACGUGCCGUGCUGCGCCCCGCUCCCUCCGCUGACUGUCUGCGCAUGUCCUCUCCCCAUAUAGAGGGCCUCAACACCACGUUGAGGCACAUGUACAAACAGGGCAAGGUCCAAGUGCUCUCGUUUGCAGAGACCAAGGUCACGCCGCUGGUGAAGACUUACGGGGGGCUCACGCUGCGAUUGGAGGUCGUUCCGUUGGAGUCCGCCUAUCCGGGAUACGGGGCGUUCGUGGUGUUGGAUGGGACCGAUCACAUCAAUGCUUGCAAGCCAGUCAGCACCUCCGACCCAGCUUAUGCCGACACACUUGAUUUCCUUCUCAAGCUUCGAGAUCAGGCCUUCAGAAGUCAGGACAAAAUGCCCUGAAAUGCUGUGUAGCAGGGUGUUUUUUUAGGGUCGUCCUGCUUUUCCAGCUUUUGAUUUUUCCUAGGCCUGAAUUUUAGGGGUUCUCAUUUGAGCAGGCCUGAAAUAUUGUAUGUCAUUGUUUUGGUCACCCUGAAUUAUCAGCCUCAACGGAUU